UAAGUUCAGAUAGACGCUCCUGAAGCUCAGAAGAGAAAGUGGAUCAGAGAUCAGGGCAGACAUGAAGAAGUCUCUGAGCGUGUCCUCUGAAAGCUCCCUGCCUCCCCUGGAGGAUGACGUGGACUCGGUCUGCUCAGACGAGCUGCUCGGCUCUCAGUCCCGCCGGUGGCUGGCGGACCUCCUGACCGCAGACAUGCCUCCAGAGAGCGGGGACGUGAACACGGUGGGCCGGGACGGACUGUUCGUGGACUAUCACUUCCCCCUGGGAGAGCUGGAGAUGCAGUCCAAUGUCAAGUGGAAGCGACCAAAGGAGAUCUGUCAAUCGCCUCAGUUCAUAGUAAAUGGAGCUACACGCCUGGAUGUCCGCCAGGGAAAACUCAAUGACUGCUGGUUACUUUCUGCUAUCGCAUCUCUCUCCGUGCAUCGCUCCCUGCUCGAGAAGGUCAUGCCUCUGGAUCAGGGCUUCCAGGAUGGCUACAACGGCAGCUUCACCUUCAGGUUCUGGCAGUACGGUCAGUGGGAGGAGGUGAAGAUAGACGACUUGUUGCCAACUCAGGGUGACAACCUGAUCUACCUCAGCUCCCCAGAACAACAGGAGUUCUGGAGCUCCCUGCUGGAGAAGGCCUACGCCAAGCUGAAAGGUGGCUACAGAGCUCUGGACAUGGGCUUCCCUCAUGAGGCCAUGGUCGAUAUGACGGGUGGGGUGACUGAGGUAUUGAACGUCGUCUCAUUGCCCAGAGACCUGCCAGUCCUCCUCAGAGACCUGCUGGCCAAAGGAGCACUCAUCAACUGUGCCACCUGCCAGGGUCCGUUGGAACAAAGGAAUGAACUUGGAAUCAUGUACAGACACGCCUACUCUCUGACUGCAGUAGAAAGGGUGAAGACGGCAUACGGCACUGAGGAUUUGGUGCGAAUCCUCAACCCCUGGGGCAACACAGAGUGGCUGGGGCCCUGGAGUGACUUGAACAGUCCAGAGUGGAAGACAGUGAGCCCCGAGGAGCAGAAAAGACUGGGCAGAGUCAGCCGGGAGGACGGGGAGUUCUGGAUGUCGGUGUCAGACUUCAGACAGAACUUUGAGUUGAUGGAGGUUUGUCACCUGACCGAUGCUCUCAGCACAUUGGGCUCCAAGGCGCAGCCGUGGUCCUGCGUAAAGCAUCAUGGGGACUGGGUGCCGUCCAUCACAGCGGGGGGCUCUCCGAGAGGAGGUCUGUUCUGGCAGAAUCCUCAGUUCUACUUUGACCUGUCGGAGACAGACAACAACACAGAGAACUCUCAGAAGACCUGCUCCUUCGUUUUGGCUCUGAUGCAGAAACACCAGAGACGCAAAGGCAUUAGCCUGUCCAUAGCUCUGCAUGUAUACCCGGCCCGUUCAAAGAAUACGUACCUGACGCCUCAGGACUUGAGUAUGGUUCGCCCGGUCCUCUGGAGCUCCCUAUACUCCUCACGUCGGGAGGUUGUUCUUCGUGGCUCCCUGAAACCAGGCCAUUACAUCAUCAUCCCUUCAACCGCCGAGCCCAAUCAGCAAGGGUCGUUCCUCCUCCGGGUGCUGACAGAGAAGGGCAAUGAUGCCAUUCCAGCUGUCAAACCAGCACCAAAAGACAUCUCUCUAACAGAGCUUUCGUUUCCUCACCAGGCUGCUCUUCCUUCUCCUAAAGCUACUAAACAACUGUUCAAGAAGCACUGCAACAAGAAAGGCUUGUGCAAACCAGUGCACCUCCACAGCCUGCUGACUGAGGCCAUACAGGGAGGAGUGUUGGCCGGCAGUGAGAAGAACUUGGCUCUGGAGCACUGCAAGAGUCUGGUGGUCCUCAUGGACAGCCAAGGCAUCGCUCAGCUCAGCUGGCCAGAGUUCCAGGGUUUGUGGGACAAGAUCAGGAAGUGGACGGACAUCUUCCUGGUGUUUGACAAGGACAAAACAAAGCACCUCGAGUAUCAAGAGGUGGCCCCCGCUCUGAAGGCAGCAGGCAUCAUGGUGGAUGAUUUGAUAAUGCAGCUGGUUGGACUGAGAUACACAGAGCCCAACAUGACCAUCAGUUACCCCGGCUUCCUGUAUCUGCUGAUGAAACUGGAGAGCAUGAUCCACAAAUUUCAAGCAUACGACAUGGUGGGAAUGGGAACCGUAACCAUUAGCUACAGACAGUGGCUCCACAUGACCAUGUACAACUGAACAGAUGGAUUCAUCAGGAUUAGUUUUUUGUUUUUUUUGUCUAUUUUUCAUGUGUGAUUUUACUGUGUAGUGGUUCUUUAUAGAUGUAUGCAGGUAGAUAUAUAGUUCAGUGAUAAACAGGCUUUGUACCAUUCAGUUCAUCACAUAGUCAAACAGAACAGUAACAAUAGUUUCAUAUUUAAGAUUUUUUUUUAGUCACAGAAACAUCCGGGGUCAAAGGUCAAAGUAAGACAGACUGAAUUCGCUCACCUCAGUGAUUUAAUGAAACUGAAAGAUGUUGCCUCACACUUAUUGUCCUCUCAAUGUGGCAUCAGUCUAAAGUAAGGAUAUUCUUCCCACCUCCAGUCUAACAUGAACACUAUCUUUGUUCAACUCUGAAAUAAAGUGUUUUUGCAGCUUUCAAAUGUGUGAUUUAAAAUGGCGACGUGAAACAAAUCAAACAAGGAUCCAUUUAUUCCAGAGGAUUGAUGUCAUGUACGUGAUGUGUAUAUGUACAGAAAGAUCUGUUAGUCUGUUAGUCUCUAACAAAGUGUUUGGCCUGUUGAGUUUCAGUGUCAUGCUUUGUUAAUAAAAAUUAUAGAAAGAGUCAAAGUAUGUGAAGUCCUCAAGUUUCUUUCAAGGCUACCAGCACCAAUAUUUUCAGGUAGAAGCGUUUCCUCUCUUAGCUUUGUUAUAUAAACAUAACUGUUGCAUAUUUUAAUAGAAUUGUUUUAUAUAAUGAUUACAGUUUAAUGGUGUGUUAAAGGACCAGUGUGAGCUUGCAGAUUGGAGCUUCAACUAAAGGUCUGGCCGCUUUGAUUGACAGGUGGGUGCCAUCACACACCGCUGGUUUCGACAUCCAGGCUUCAUUCAGUCUGCCUCGCUCCACCCACAACCCACGUCUUUGUCCAUUUUUGGAUUAGCUGCUAAGAUAGUAACAGCAUCAAAGGCACCGCACUGAGCUUCACAACCCCUC